UCUCGCUCACCGUGGCAUCUUUGGCAUCGCUCGAGCCUCUGUCGCCACCAAACGAUCUGACCCUCUCAUCGCGGCGAACAAGCUGAACAGGCUGAUCCGAGUGACAAGAGCAAAUGAUGGCGCCAUGAUCUCCACGAUCGCUGAGACGAGUCACGAAGGCAAAGCAAAGACUCGGGAUCGACGGAGGCAAAUGAGAGGGCGCAACGGUCUUAAAUGAGUGAAGACAGCAGUGCCCACUGUCGCUCAGAGUAGUCUCGUGUCAAGUAUCCCAUCCUCCUACGUCUACAUCAUCUGCGAUGUCCUACGGUAGCUCGUACCGCCCUUCUUCGUCGUGGGGUGAUCCUACAGCUCGCCCACCCAGCUACGUGAGCCUGAGGCAGGAGCUAGCCAAGCGCAAUGGCACCGUCCACUUCCAGCCGCUGAGCUCGUCGAUGGCGGCAGGCCCCUCUUACACGGCUCUUCAACGCCCCGAGGAGGAGCGACGCGGUCGAUCCCGCGAGGUCCGCCAUCUCUGGGCUUGCUCGUCCUCGAGCCAAGUCCAAGCUGAUCUUGCCAAGGAACGCAGAGGCUCGUCCACAGAGACGGCCCGCCUCCCGAAGUCUGACGGUCCGGAGCAAUCUAAAGAGGAGGUAGUCAGCUCUAGCACCCUCUUCGAGCAUUAUGACGGCAAUACAUCCGGCAUGCCUAUCUUAUCUCGGCCCCCACGCCAUCUAGGCACGCCAACGCCACUCGAGCUGCAAUCCAGUUAUGCGCAGCCAGCGGGAAGGCAGGAUGAUGACAACAGCUACCUCGCACCAUGGAUCUCGUCGGCGCUGCACGAAAAGUCAGGCUAUUCCUCUGGGACGCGUGUGCUCUACACUCGCGCUCAGCUGCCUGAGAUCGAUGAAGCCAGUCGUCACCUGUGGACUGCGCUUCACCAAUUCAACACAACGUCCGCGCACUACUUGAGCAAUUGGAAGUUACUGCAGGGAGUGAGAGCCACAGAAGCGCCUCAUCCUCUGUCGGUCGGCGUCACAGACAGAUCAAAGUGCCCAUUCGUCGCCGACCAAGCUUCUGACGUCUCCCUCCUCACAUCUUCCUUCAAUUGGUCAUCGCUGUCGCUGCCAAAACACAUCAAAGGCACUUGGUACGGGGUCCUCUUCCUCUCUCGCCGUCGUUCGGGUUCAGAGUCUAUCAAUCUGUACGAGGCAGACCGUCUCUCCCACGAAGAAGCGGUACGAAGUGGCGGGCUUCUUGCAUACUGGUACGGGGAGCCGGAUGAGGAGACCGGCGACAACCUUGCAACGUGCAUUUGGACGGAUCGAGAGAGUGCUGUGAGAGCUUCGAAGCUGCCUAGACAUCGCCAGGCGGUGAGGCAUGCGGGACGAGCGUAUGAGGAAUUCAGGUUGGGCAGGUAUAAGGUGGUUAAGAAGGCGGGGGAGCGCAACGUUACUGUUGAGAAGUGGCGGAUAGAUGACGAGGAGUGAUGGCGCUUGCGGCGAAACAAUACCAGAAACAGAGUGUACAUCCCAGAUGAACGUCUCAAUGUAACAGUCGUAGC